UCAAAAAAUAACCCAAAUAGGUCUUCUUCAUCUCCCAAUCCUAUGCUACCCUUCGAUCCCGAACCUAAAUCAAAACCCUAACCUCAGUAACGAACCUCACUACUACAAAUACGAACCUAAUUCAUUCUUUUCAAAUCCUCUCAGAAUUUCCUCAUUCUCUAGUUUCUCACUCUUCUUUCUCUCUCUCUUCGCCGUUCAUACUAUGCCGGAAGCACGAGACCGCCGCGUCAUUCCUCUUGACGUGGAUACUCUAUUCCGACGACCUUUCUCCGCCGUGUUUCAAGAAUCUGAGCCACUCUCCGUUACACCCGCACCUGCUCCAUUCACCGCCGGUUUAGAUCUGUUCUUCACUGAAAGAACUCCCGUACGUCGCGAAGUUGCUCGUGCGCGUCGUUCUCCAGGUUCGGAAAAUACUCCUCCGACCACUGCUCGCCGUGGAAGAGGCCGUGCUACUGCAUCGAGGAGUGCACUUCCGUCUUGGUACCCGAGGACGCCGUUGCAGGAUAUCACUGCUAUUGUUCGAGCGAUUGAGAGAAGGAGGGAGAGACAGGGAACUGAGGAAAUUGAGCAAACUGGAACACCAGUUCAUGCUAACCAGCUGACCAUUUUCUCUGAUCCAUCUUCAUUCUCUGCUGCUAUUGGAUCUUCUUCACGCGUCCACAAAAAAUCACCAAAAUCCUGCAUCAAGCUGAAAACACCUUAUGGAAGUAAAGUUCCAAAAAUCAUCAUUGACAUUGCAAAACUUCCUGCUGCUGAAGAUGGUGAAUCUGAGCUUCUGACUCCUCAGAAGAAGCUAUUGCAUUCGAUUGAUAUAAUUGAGCGUGAAGUGAAGCAAGAGUUGAUGAAACUCAAGAGAACCCCUACAGCCAAAAAAGCAGAACAUCAGAAAAGGGUUAGGACCUUGAUGUCCAUGAGGUGAAUUGAAGAAGAUUUAAAGUGCAGGAAAAAAUUAAAGAGAAUUGAAGGAGAAAUCUUAGAGCAAAUGGGAAAGGAGAUUUGGGCUGAGCUUAAUCAUCUUCUGAUGAUUUAUAGGGCUUCAAGAAGGAAAGCAGAGAACUUGGUGUUUGAUCCAGUUUGUGUAAUCUUCUACUUGAAGAUUAUAGCUGUAUACAUUUUAGAUUUUUCCUUGCAUCAUCAUUCUUUGAUGAUUUUGUUGCAAUUUUGGUGUAAUCCAUUGUAUAUAUUACAAUGUAUGACUAUAGUUUUGAAUCGAAUGACACCUAUUUCUUUUCUCUUAA